AUCCUGUGUGUCCGACUCUGACAUUCUCACUAUUUGCCUCUGUAAACAGAGGGCGGGGCCUUGAAUCCCGCCACAGGUAGGUUUAACGUACACCUGUACUACUAUGAGACGGAAAAUACAUUUUAAGACCUACACUGGUAGUAAUAAAAUCAUUGCAGACGACAAGAUACAAUGAGGACUUUAGUGAUUUUCACUUUACUGUUUGCUAUGGGCGCAUGUUUACCUGCAAUAACCACAUCGUAUUCUAUUCCUCCAGAAGACCUGGAUGGAUCGGGACAUGAUCUGGAAAGUUCUGGCUCAGGUUCAGGGGAACGGGCAGAAGUGUCCAAAGGCUCGGUGAGGUUUACCACUAUCUCAACAUUUACAAUGACAAUGAGUGAAGAUGACUUAAUGUUCAAUGCCAUUGAUGAAGAGGAUAAAAUCGUCCCCAUUAUAAUGACAGACAACACCAGAAAUAAAAUAUCGGAGGACUCAGACUUGACCUUUGACAAGAGGCCUAAGCUAGAUGACAACAACGGAUCAGCCAUUGGCAAUGUGGCAAAGAGCGGGGGUCUUCUAGCAAACAAAGAAGCUCUUGCAGCUAUUAUUGCAGGAGGAGUGGUGGGACUGGCCUUGGCUGCCUCCCUGUUAACACUCAUGGUCUAUAACAUGAAGAAGAAAGAUGAGGGAGGCUACACUGUCAACCAGAAAAACACAUCUAACGGAGGAUAUCAGAAACCGAAGACCAAGGAGGAGUUUAUUCCGUAACUUCCCCUCAAAGACAAAAUAAUGUCUCAACCCAGCAGAUUUGUUUGAAGAGUUCAUUUUUGAGAGAAAGGAGUUGGUUGGGUUUGCGCCAGGAGAAAAUUCACAGCAGAAAAUGCAAACUUGUGGUGCAUUCGAGGUUUAAAAAGACGGUAACACUUUACUUGACACCCAGCAUCAUAACAGAUAACAUGGUCCUAACCAUGUCAUAAUACGUCAUAACAGCUGACAUAACUUGUCAUAUGGUCACAACACUGUCAUGACACAUAAUAAACAGCAAAAAAAGAAAUGUCCUCUCACUGUCAACUGCGUUUAUU